GCUUGCGCAGGCGCGCGACGGCGGCGGCGGCGGCUCUGGCUGACUGUCGCCGGGCCCCUCUAGUGUGAGGUAAAGCUGAAAAAGGCGGCAGUGAGGACGGCGGCGGCGGCGCCUGGAGUUGUGAGGGCGCUUGUGGCAGGCGGUGAAGCCCAAGGGAAGAAGCGGGACGUGGGGAAAGCGGCGUUAAGGAGCCGCCACCGCCUCUCUUCGCGGCGCCGCCAGAGAAAGAAAGGAGGAGAAGAGCGGCAGCUGACCGGGGCCUACCCCCCCACCCCCAGGCCAUUCUGCCCCCGUCGCCGCCAUGAAUAGCGUCGGGGGCGCCGACGAGAUCGGGAAACUAUUUGUAGGAGGCCUAGAUUGGAGCACCACACAAGAAACCCUCCGUAGCUAUUUUUCCCAAUAUGGGGAAGUUGUCGACUGUGUAAUAAUGAAAGAUAAGACUACAAAUCAGUCAAGAGGAUUUGGAUUUGUCAAGUUCAAAGAUCCCAACUGUGUGGGAACUGUCCUGGCCAGCAGACCCCAUACGUUAGAUGGCCGAAAUAUUGAUCCCAAACCCUGUACCCCUCGAGGAAUGCAGCCUGAGAGAACACGACCAAAGGAAGGAUGGAAAGGAUCCAGGAGUGAUAGCAAGUCCCAUAAAAUUUUUGUUGGUGGGAUCCCUCACAACUGUGGCGAAACGGAGCUCAGGGAAUACUUCAAGAAGUUUGGAGUGGUUACUGAAGUGGUAAUGAUCUAUGAUGCAGAGAAACAGCGACCCCGAGGUUUUGGAUUUAUUACUUUCGAGGACGAACAAUCAGUGGACCAGGCUGUCAACAUGCAUUUUCACGACAUCAUGGGCAAAAAAGUGGAGGUGAAGCGAGCCGAACCCCGGGAUAGCAAGAGCCAGACUCCAGGCCCAACAGGCACCAGCCAGUGGGGAAGCCGGAUCAUGCCAAGUGCCGCCAAUGGCUGGGCAGGACAGCCCCCACCCACCUGGCAACAAGGAUACGGACCUCAAGGUAUGUGGGUACCAGCUGGACAAGCACUUGGUGGGUAUGGUCCCCCUCCACCAGGUAGAGGAGCGCCACCUCCACCGCCGCCUUUUACCUCGUACAUUGUUUCGACACCUCCAGGAGGAUUCCCACCCCCGCAGGGUUUCGCACAGGGAUAUGGCACCCCUCCGCCUUUCAGCUUUGGGUAUGGUGCCCCACCUCCUCCACCUGACCAGUUUGCUCCUCCCGGGGUUCCUCCACCUCCUGCCACCCCUGGGGCAACACCACUCGCUUUCCCUCCACCUCCACCACCAUCUCAGCCAACUCAGGACAUGAACAAGCCUCCAGCUGCCCAACCAGAUUUCCCCUAUAGCCAGUUUGGGCUGGGUACCUAUUCUCAAGAACCUUCAGGCUUCGGGCCAAUACUUUGUUUUCACACUUAUGGUCAGGCUGAGAAGUGAAUUACCGUAGGAUACGGACAAGACUUGAGUGGCUUUGGACAAGGCUUUGCCGACCCCAGCCAACAGCCCCCCUCCUAUGGAGGCCCUUCAGUACCACCCUCAAGUGGGCCGCCCGCAGGGGGCAGUGGUUUUGGCCGUGGACAGAACCAUAACGUUCAAGGUUUUCACCCCUACCGACGCUAGCGUGCCCACCUAGAAAUCAGGGAGUUCUGUCCAGAGCAGGAUAUCUGGUAUCAGCUGAAACCCAGGAAGCCCAGACUUAUGAACUUGUGACAAUCACCUACUUUACCAGAGGGGGAGGGGGGGGAACCACAAAUGUAACAUCUUUUGGAGGGGUGUUGGGGGAGGAAGAGGAGGCAGCUUUUGAAAGCAGAGUUGUCUGUGGUGUUUGGACUGCAUUUUUUUUUUUAAACAAAAAAAUUUUUUCUUUAACCCAUCAGCACAAAAUAAAGAGUGUCACUGGUUCAAACUACAGGGUUUUAAAAAUGUCUUCAGCUUUAAUUAAAAAAAAAAUCUUCAGGUUUCUUUAUUUUUGUUGAAAAUUUAUUUUUUUUCCUGAGCCUUUGUUUUACCAUAUAUUGUAAACUUUAUGUUCAAAGAAGAAGAAAAAUAUAUACAUUUACAGAUUGUGAGAUUUUUAAGAGAAAUUUUCUACUAUGUAUGCAGGCUUAUUUUUUAAUUUAAAAGAAAAAAAAAACAGGGUUUCCAUUAGCACUGCUUAGAGGGUCAAGUUUUGAACCUCCUUUUGUUAAUGUGGUUGGUCCAGAAACUGAGUUAUUAAAAAAAAAAAGUGGGAAGUGGAAAUAGGAAAGGAAUUUUAAGUAUGUCCGUUUGUCAUUUUGUUACUGGUUUUGGAUCUGAUUAAAAAGUCCAGGAGCAGAGUUGUUUGAAAGGGGUCAGCGUAUCACUUCUUGAAGCACAGCAUUUCAAUUGAGGCUUCAUGUUCUUUAAAAAAAUUCUUUGGGGAUAUGAAUUUCUUUAAGGGGGUUAAUGGAAGCCUUGUGAAGAUGUAGAUUUCCCUCAGGCAAAAAAAAAAAUAAAAAAUGGGGGUGCAUUUUGCACUAACCAGCGAUUUCCCCUGGUUUGAAUAAAGAAAAGUACAUUUGGAUUAGAAAUGCAAA